UUGAUUCGCCCCCCAUUUUGUCUUGGUGUCUUGGACUCUGUGCCGAGAAUAGGCCCUCUCCUCACCACCUCUUUCUGCGUCCCGGCUUAGCCGAUAGUGGAUCGUGGGUAUAAUUUGCCGAGUAUGAUUGCGCCGCCGAGCUCUCGGCGCUUUCGCAUCUUCGGCGCCAUCACCGUCCUAACCCUCAUCGCAACCUACGUCCAUUUGCGCCCGCAAUGGAACUUCGAAUACGGCGAUUAUUAUGACGAUGUUACUAGCUAUUUUUCGCGGCCCGUCUACGACAACACCCUCUACAACCAAGGCAAUGACAAGCUGGUUCAUAAACAGUAUAACACGAGCAACCCUUGCGCUCGCUUCCCAGACACAGAUGGCGUAGUCCUCGUCAUGAAAACCGGUGCCACCGAGGCAUAUGACCGACUGCCGACGCAAUUGCUCACGACAAUGUCAUGUCUUCCCGAUUCCAAGUUUCUUCUCUUUUCUGACUUGGAACAACAAAUUGGCCCGUACCACCUGUACGAUGCUCUUGCAGAAAUUGACGAGGCUGAUAAAGAAAGAAUCGCCGAUUUUGACCUGUAUCGUCGCCAGCAGGAGUGUGACGUCUCUCAAAAAUUGUGUAUAGACGCUGCCGCCGAAAGACAAAAUGCCUGGAACCUGGACAAGUACAAGUUUUUACCUAUGCUUGAACAAACAUGGAGGAUGCGCCCCGGUCGCGACUGGUACAUCUUUGCCGAAGCCGACACGUACGUCGUUUGGUCCAACAUGAUGCAUUGGCUGAAAAAGCAGUCUGGCCUCAACCCUCGCGAAAAGAUCUACCUAGGAAGCCGCUCCUGGAUCACCAAUAGACCCUUUGCCCACGGAGGUUCCGGUUACAUACUUAGUGGCGCCGCGCUGAAGCAUCUGGUGGAGAAACACACGAACCUCACUAGCCAGUACACCCAGAAGGGCACAGAAGAGUGCUGUGGAGAUCUGUUGGUGGCAUUAGCGCUGAACGACCAUGAGGGCAUCAAGAUUCGACAAACUUGGCCCAUGAUUAACGGUGAAAAGCCGAACACUCUGCCUUAUGGCCAAAACCACUGGUGCGAGCCAAUUUUAACGAUGCAUCACAUGAAUGCCGAGGAGAUCAGCACCGUGUGGCAAUUUGAGCAGACGCGCAAGACGGAUCGUAUUUUGAUGAUAAGAGACCUCUACGACAGCCUGAUUGCCCCAAAGAUGCGAAGGUCGCGCGAAAACUGGGACAACGGGUCCGACGACGUCUGCUACAUCAACCCCGAUCACGACGCACAGGAGCGCGCAGACGGCCAUUUCCGCGAUCGCCAGAAGAAAGCAGAUGAGAUGAGCGAGAUCGAAAAGAACGCAUGGAAAUCGCCCGAGAACUGCGCCAAAGUGUGCGAGGCGGAGAUAUCGAAGGAAGAUGCCACGGAUAAAGAGAAGCUGGUUAACCGGGAGUGUUUCCAAUAUGCAUGGCACGACGAAGUGUGCUGCACCGCCAAGAGCUUCAAGCUCGGAGAGCCCAAACGUAAGCCUGACGACGAGGAUCCGAAGGCGAAGUGGACUAGUGGAUGGUAUAUCGAGGGUAUCCGGGACUGGAUAGACGCCAAGGGGGAAUGCACGACGCCCGCCUGGAAGAUCCCGGAGCUGUGAGCUGGUAUCGCAGCCUCAAUAUACCGUUUACGUCGCGAGACGCUCGCUAGCCUUCCCGCGACCAUGUAAUAACACCCGUUCCAUUACACGAGACAUAGUAGCAUCUCGAUCCGGAACGAGCUAGCUAGCUAGCUAGCUUCUCUAUUUCUCAUCAUC